GGUCAUGCGGUGACGUUGUUCGAAGUGGGAAAGCUGGCUGAUGAACAGAUGCGUGACUUCUUGGAACAACUAGAAUGCGUAAACCGUUUUGCUGAAGGAGAAGCGCAGCGGUAUUCGGAACAUGCGAUGGCUCUUUUAGAUAUUCUGCGAAACCUUCGAAAAGGACGAGAAGUUGAUAUGUUAAGAGGAGAAAGCUUGCUCAGUCUCGAUCCGCAGAGCCGCAUUCGAGUGCUAGCGAAAUCAUAUGGGCUUGUUCGCCCUGGCUACGGCUGGCCAUAUAUAAGGCGACUGGCAGCGGCCCGGCCUCUGCCUAUAUUCCAAAAGGAAUACCCUCAUUAUUCUGAAGAAGAUGAACUCGUUUACGUGCCUUUCCCCUUCGAUGAAAGCGAAAACGAAGAAGAGGGAGUGUUCUCUAAACAUCCAGCUGUAAAAGCGCUUUCCACCCGCAUCGGACUGGAUUGUUUGUGUGGUUACAUUGUACUAGUAAAUCGAAGUGUAUCACGAAAGCUGAUAACCAACUCGACGAAAAGUAACUAUGAGAGCUCAGUGCAGAAGGAGUCUUCCAUUGUUCUAAGGUAUUUUACAUUGAAGUGA